UUUUAUUUCCUUAAUUUCUCAGGUUAGACAUUAGUCUUCAAAAGAUAGGUAAAUCUGAGCAGAUGUAACAUUUAGAAAGGAUGGUGGUCACUCCACAGAAAAAGGAAGUGGUAGAGAAAAAUCACCUUCUGAAUGACAGAAAACUAGCAUGGAGCACAUGGUCCUAGAGAACUUAAAAAGACAGAGUUGUUUGACUAAAACCCCCCAGAUCCUGAGUCAGAAACAGCUUGACAGAUGUGCCCAUGUUUGACAUGAUUCAGUGUCAUCUUUUUCCUUACCAAACAUCUUCUGCUCCCACCGUGCUGCCUCCCUGCCUGCCUCCCUCCCAUUCCCUGUUUUCCAUGUGGGUUCCCCCACCCAGUCACCCACAUUCCCCUCUGCCUGAGGUUUGCUCUUGCCACCCUUUCUGCAGAAAGGGUGGCAAACUCUCACCUCCCUCCCUGUCCCUGUGUCCCCUCAGCCGUGUCCCCAGACCUCAGUCCCAAGCCCAGGGAGGCCGAGGCCGGGCCCUGAGGGCAGGGCUGUGGGGACCCUCCCGGAGCCCUCACAAAGAGCUCGGCCCACAGAGCCCACAGAGCCCCGGGAGAAGCCAGGAAUGAACCUGAACGCUUUGUUCCAGCAAAUACAGUUCACGGAGAAGCAGGCGAGGGAGAAGAGGAGCUUCAUCCAACAAGCUAAAUGUGACAUAAAUAGAAGUUAUGAAAAAAUUAACCAAAUAAAAGAAGAGCUGAGCGCUGCAAAAACUAACUUAGAAACCAAGGUUCAGCAUCUGUCUGUAAAGCAGUUCAAUGUAGAAAUUCUGAAGAAACGUGAAGACAGCUUAGAAAAACAAAAAGCUGAACUUAUUAAUCAAAGAACCAGUCUUCUUAAAAUCAUGGCAGAUGCAAAGAGAAAAAUUACUGAAGAGGAAGAUAAUUUUACCAGAGAAAUUACAGAGUUUAACAAUGAAUACGGACUAACAAGUAAUAGAGAUCUUUAUAUUAAAAAGAAACUCAAGACUGAAAUAAAUGAUUUAGAGAAUGAGGCAGCUCUGUUGAAAGAUGAAAUGGAGUCAAUGGAACAUAAAAAUGUUCAGUUAAAUGCACUCCAGCUGCAGAAGAAUGAAUUAAAGCAGGAUUUAUUUACUCUCCAAAGUGAGCUCAAAGACCUUGAGAAAGUAAUCAGGGAAGCAGAAAGAAUGACCAAAGAUUUAGAAGCAGAAAAAGUCCAAGUCACUGAAAAACCUCAGACUGAUCCUGAAUGUUUAAGACUUAAGAAAGAGUUGGAAAGAUGCAAAGACGAUAGUUGGGAAAGUGUCUGUGAGACUCUUCAAACAGAAAUUGAAAUUCUGCAAAUGAAUUUAUCACAAAAGAAAUCUUCAGAUAAAUGA